AACACAUACUCGAAGUAGUAGAAGAAGAAGAGCGACAGAGGAAUAACGGCCUGACGCAGUUAGUUGGUUGGGAUAGGGUUUACCGUAAAGUAAUGGUUAACUGUAACGGACUUUGGAUGCUGCCUCCUCCGCCGAUGUACAAGGUCUGUGUUGUGAAUGCGGAUAGGAAGUAGCAGUGCUCCGUAGCUGCUCCGUGCGUUAAGCUCCAACACUGUUGUUUUGUUUCGUUAAAAGGAAUGCCACGGCCGCCGAGCUCCACUUCCCCUUAGUCUCUGUCGACGAACAUGAACUCCAUUUUUACGACGAAGCAGUUUUAAAAACAACCCGUUAAAAAAAGAACAGUUAUUGUAGUCAUGGCGACCGACUUUGUAAAGACGUUUGUGCAAAUGUGUAAUUACCUCCAAGACCCCCGCCAUGUAGCGAGGUUUCAAAAGGUGUGCGGCGUUAAAGGGACCUUUCCGGUUAAACCGAGCGAGCCGGACCGAGGGGAGCCGGAGCCGGACUGCCCCGGGCUGAGGAAGAGGGCACCGGACAGUAGUGUUGUGAACGGAGCAGCCGGAGAUGCAAUGGUUAACGGGAUGCAGGGUGACAUUACAGCCGGGCCCGAUGCUCCGUCCGUCGAUCCGGACACAGCCAGAGCGAAACCCCUGCGGAAAAACUCCCUGACCGGAGACGUGGGUCAGGAGUUCCUGAUCCACAACAAGUUUCUAUUUUACCUGUUCACGUUUGGGACGGAGCUGGGCAACGAGAUGUUCUUCAUCGUCUUCUUCCCCUUCCUCUUCUGGAACAUUGACGCCCUGGUCAGCCGGAGACUGAUCGUGGUCUGGGCCUGGAACCUGUUCGUGGGACAGUCCACCAAAGACAUGAUCCGCUGGUCCCGGCCUGCCUCCCCUCCUGUGGUGAAGGUGGAGGUCUUCUACAACUCCGAGUACAGCAUGCCGUCCACGCACGCUAUGACGGGGACAGCCAUACCCUUCUGUCUCUUCAUGCUCACCUAUGGACGGUGGCAGUACUCCUUCCUCUUCGGCUUCAGUGUGGCUCUCAGCUGGAGUGUCCUGGUCUGUGUCAGCCGAGUCUACAUGGGGAUGCAUUCUAUUUUGGAGGUAAUCACUGGGUUCCUGUACAGCCUUCUUAUUCUAGCCUUUUUCCAGCCAAUUUUGGGGAAGAUUGACAGCUUCUACAUGACGGACCACUUUGCUCCACUUGUGAUUAUCGUGUCACAUGUGAGCCUGGGACUUGUGGCUUUCUCUCUGGAUUCCUGGAGCACUUCUCGGGGCGAUACAGCUCAGGCUCUGGGCACCGGGGUCGGAGCUGCUAUCGGUACCCAUGUGAACUAUCAGCUAGGUCUGCUGCUGGAUCCACCUCUGUCCUCGCUUCCUCUAACUUUACCACCCAUCAGCUUUAGCUUGGUAUUGCUCGCCCUGCUGCGCUUCGUCAUCGGAGUUGCCGUCAUCCUUGUCACGAGAAUGGUCAUGAAAGCAGUGACUAUCCCGUCCUUAUGUCGCCUGUUCGGUCUGCCAACAGACGACGUAAGACGGGCGAGGCAGCACAUGAAAGUAGAGCUGCCGUACCGUUACAUCGUCUACAGUGUUGUUGGUUUUAGCUGUGUCAGUGUGGUGCCUCUCUUCUUUAAGAUCUUAAGCCUUGCCUGAGUGUUGUGUGCAAACUGUCAUGUACUGCUGACAUGUUCACCUACACGGUGAAGAGCACUGGGAAUGUGCUGCUUGUUUUAAACGCUUCUUUUCUGUACAGCAGAAACUGAUCUAAGAGGUGAUAUUCUAUAUUUUUUGUUUCGUCAAUAUUCAUCAGUGCCAUAGAGCUCCAUCGUUGACACAUCGAGCCAAACUGUUGCACUGCGUGACAUGUAGUGUAAUUAUGAUGAGCAUGGGCAUUGUAGUUUAUAUACUGAGUGUUUUACUACACACCAUUCUCCUGCUGUCAGUGUACCAAACUACUAUCAAUUGGUGACUGAAAAUUAACACAGCUAAUACAGCAUUUACUCCUGUUGAAUAUUAAUGGACAAGCAGUUUCAGGCAUUAUUUCCUCUUUUAAAAAACGAAACAAUGGCCUGGGAGCCCAGAGCGACAGACUGACAGAAGUUGUGGUGGGGGGAUUUGUUGACAAAAACAACAACAAAGAACAUCACCUGCCUCGUCCUUUUAGAUCCACCUGUGGUCGUCUCAUUUAAGGGUUUAACUUUGCAAUUAUGAAAAUCUAUAAAAUGUGAUGUUUUGAUGCUUGUAAUCAUAUUGAUGAAAAAUCUGUUGUACAUUUACAUCAUUGAUCAAAAUAUAUAUUAACAUGUUAUCGGAGAAUUAAAUGCUCUAAAAAUAAAACAAACCCUGAAUCGGUAA